AUGCGGUGCUCGCCCUGCGGACCCCUGUGGAAAGCGAUCUGCUGGCCGUGCACCUCGUACGCCGAAACGGAGCAGCUCCUACGCGACCCGUCUGUGCCGGUCGAGAAGAACAGCCGCGACUGCGUCGAGUUUGGGCGUGACUUUUGCAUUGGGACGUAUGCCAGCAAACUCAAAACCCAACGCGCCCAAAUCCGCACCCGCUACGCCAUCCCCGGCACCCCCAACAACGACUGCCUCGUCUCCUGCUGUUGCUGGGCGUGUGUGGUGCUGCAGCACGACGAGGAGGUGCGGGCGCGGUUGGAGAGGGGGGAUCAUGGGGUUAAGGAGGGUGCUGGGGGAGGGUGUCGUGAUGGGGGAGUAUACGGCGGAGGGGGGAUGGUUGCUGGGAAUGGGAAUGGGGGUGGGGGUGGGGGUUUGAUGAGGUGA